GGCUCCGGCCUCCCCAGCGGGUGGCUAGCAAUCGGGUGAGGUCUGAGGAGGUGAUGGCGGCACGCGUGCUGGAACUGCUAACAGCACUGCUAGCAGUUGCUGUCGCUGCCUCCCGGUCCCAUGCUGAAUCCGAGGCAGGGUGGGACUUGUCGGCGCCCGAUCUGCUCUUUGCCGAGGGGACCGCGGCCUACGCGCGAGGGGAUUGGCCAGGGGUAGUACUGAGCAUGGAGCGGGCGCUGCGCUCGCGGGCCGCCCUGCGAGCCCUCCGUCUGCGCUGCCGUACUCGGUGUGCCGCCGAUUUUCCGUGGAAACUGGAUCUGGACUCGGCUCUUAGGCUGACGCAAGCCUGGGGCGCCGCCGCCCUGCACGAUCUGCGCUUCUUCGAGGGCCUGCUGCGCCGCGCCGCCUGUCUGCGCCGCUGCCUUGGACCACCGGCCGCCCACUCUCUCAGCGAGGAGCUGGAGCUGGAGUUCCACAAGCGGAGCCCCUACAACUACCUGCAGGUCGCCUACUUCAAGAUAAACAAGUUGGAGAAAGCCGUGGCCGCAGCGCACACCUUCUUCGUGGGCAACCCUGAGCAUAUGGAGAUGCGCCAGAACCUGGACUACUACCAGACUAUGUCAGGGGUGAAGGAGGCCGACUUCAAGGAUCUGGAGGCCAAACCUCAUAUGGACGAGUUCCGACUGGGAGUGCGACUCUACUCAGAGGAGCAGCCUGAGGAAGCCGUGCUCCACCUGGAGGCGGCGUUGCGGGAGUACUUUGUGGCGGACGAGGAGUGCCGGGCCCUCUGCGAAGGGCCCUACGACUAUGACGGCUACAACUACCUCGAGUACAAUGCGGACCUCUUCCAGGCCAUCACAGAUCAUUACAUCCAGGUCCUCGGCUGUAAGCAGAACUGUGUCUCUGAGCUGGCUUCCCACCCAAGUCGGGAGAAGCCCUUCGAAGACUUCCUCCCGUCACAUUAUAAUUACCUGCAGUUUGCCUACUAUAACAUUGGAAAUUAUACACAGGCUAUUGAAUGUGCCAAGACCUAUCUCCUCUUCUUCCCCAGCGAUGAGGUGAUGAAACAGAAUCUGGCCUACUACACCGCCACGCUCGGAGAAGAGCAAGCCAGAUCCAUAGGCCCCCGUGAGAGUGCCCAGGAGUACCGACAGCGAAGCCUGCUGGAGAAGGAACUGCUUUUCUUUGCUUAUGAUGUUUUCGGAAUUCCCUUUGUUGACCCGGACUCCUGGACUCCAGAAGAGGUGAUCCCCAAGAGAUUACAAGAGAAACAGAAGUCAGAACGGGAGACAGCCGUCCGCAUCUCCCAGGAGAUCGGAAACCUGAUGAAGGAGAUCGAGACCCUCGUGGAAGAGAAGACCAAGGAGUCGCUGGAUGUGAGCCGGCUGAUGCGGGAAGGCGGCCCGCUGCUCUACGAAGGCAUCCAGCUCACCAUGAACUCCAAAGUGUUGAAUGGCUCCCAGAGGGUGGUGAUGGAUGGCGUCAUCUCUGAUGACGAGUGCCGGGAGCUGCUACGGCUGAGCAACGCAGCAGCAACCUCAGGAGAUGGCUACCGGGGCCAAACCUCCCCACACACCCCCAAUGAAAAGUUCUAUGGCGUCACUGUCUUCAAAGCCCUGAAGCUGGGACAGGAAGGGAAGGUUCCUCUGCAAAGCGCCCACCUGUACUACAACGUGACGGAGAAGGUGCGGCGCGUCAUGGAGUCCUACUUCCGCCUGGACACCCCCCUCUACUUCUCCUACUCCCACCUGGUGUGCCGCACUGCGAUCGAAGAGGCACAGGCUGAGAGGAAGGACAGUAGCCACCCCGUCCACGUGGACAACUGCAUCCUGAACGCCGAGGCCCUCGUGUGCAUCAAGGAGCCCCCCGCCUACACCUUCCGGGACUACAGCGCCAUCCUUUACCUAAACGGGGACUUCGACGGAGGGAACUUCUAUUUCACUGAACUGGAUGCCAAGACCGUAACCGCAGAGGUGCAGCCCCAGUGCGGAAGGGCCGUGGGAUUCUCCUCUGGCACAGAAAACCCGCACGGAGUGAAGGCCGUCACCAGAGGGCAGCGCUGUGCUAUCGCCCUGUGGUUCACUUUGGACGCCCGACACAGCGAGAGGGACAGGGUGCAGGCAGACGACCUGGUGACAAUGCUCUUCAGCCCAGAAGAGAUGGACCUCGCCCAGGAGCAGCCCCAGGAAGUGCAGCAGGGGCCCCCGCAACCUGCAGAAGAGUCUGUCUCCGGCAGUGAGUCAGGGCCCAAGGAUGAGCUCUGACAGCAGCCGGCUCGCAUGGACUAGUGGUUAGACCCCCUGCGGGGACUCUGCCUGCGGCCUGGACUGGCCAGCUGCUGGGAGCCGUGAGCAGCGGGACACUUACAUCUGCGGUCCAGCGAGGGGACCUGCUCACAGCUGUCCGCACGGUGCUGCUGCUCGUGGAGGGGGAUGGCAGGACGGCCUGCUGCCCUGUGGACCUGGCCGAGGGCUCGGGACCCAGGCUCAGAGCCGCCACCAGGUGCCUGCACGGGCAGCCUCGUGGCAGCAGCACAGUAUUUAAGUGUCUGUGCAGACACCAAAGAAUAAACGAUCGGUGUUUUUUA